AUGUCCAGUACAUUCACAAUAACCGAUAUCGAGACGGAUCUUUCCUGUCCCGGAGCUGGAUCUUUUGUGCAGAUACAGCUUAACGAUUUGACCGAUUAUCCCUUGGCCAAUUCCCCACCAGCACCAGCCCUAGUUCCAGCAAAGUUUCGCAAUUAUGCAGAACAGGUUCGCGAUUUUCAGGUGUAUAAAGAUGACGUGUGGAUCGUGACGUAUCCAAAGUGCGGUACCACCUGGACACAAGAGAUGGUUUGGUUGAUCGACCAUGACCUAGACUACGAAACGGCGCGCGACGUGAAUCUCAACACACGAUCAGUUUUUCUCGAAAUCGGGGCCAUUGCAGACAAGAUUCCAGUAGAUACAGUUAGAGUGGCAGCUAAUUUGAAGCGUCCACGACACAUUAAAUCGCAUCUACCGGUGGCACUACUACCACGACAGCUAUGGACAGUGAGGCCGAAAAUCGUCUACGUUGCUAGAAAUCCGAAAGAUGUGGCAGUCUCAUACCUGCACCACUACCAGAUGAUUAUGGGCUAUCGAGGUACGAGGGAAGCAUUCCUGGAUGGGUUACUGGAGGAUAGGGUAAUGUUUUGCCCACAGGUGAAACAUGCGCUAGAUUUUUGGGCGCUAAAGAUGGAACCAAACGUUCUGUUUCUUACUUACGAAAGUAUGAAAAGGGAUCUGAGAAGUCUACUCCCAAAAGUGUGUGACUUUUUCGGCAAAUCGUACACCGAUAGCCAGCUAGAUGAGCUAGCUGUCCACUUGUCAUUCGAUCAAAUGAAAAAAAAUCCCUCAACCAACAAUGACCAAAUGGUACGGAGCGCGAUGAAAAUGAAUGGCCGAGAAGGGGAACAGUUUGAAUUUAUGCGCAAAGGAAUUGUUGGAGAUUUUCGCAAUGAACUCUCGCCAGAGUACAUAGAAAAGUUUGAUAAAUUCAUCGAGCAGCAACUUGCUGGUAGUGAUUUUAAGUAUGAUUUGUAGUUACACUACUAC